AUGUGUGUCUGCAGCAGGAGAGGACAGCUGGCUCUUCUGUCUACGGGCUACAGUGAAGAAGAAGGGCAGCGCGAGAAAAGGGGAGCAGAGGAGCACAGCGACAUGCCCUGGGAGAGCCUGCGGGGAAGGUUCGGAGGGCAAGUUGGACUGCCGGGAGAGGAAAGCGAGAGGGAUAGGGACAAGGGGGGGAGGCGGGCAGUCAAGAAGGGCAGCAACCCUCACUGA